UAUGGAUAUAAUAACGCCAAAGUGCUGAAGCAGAACAUGACGCUGAACCUGUCCGACCCAUCCAGCAACCUGAAGCCGCACCUGAGGAACAAGAACGCCGACAUCCUCACCUCCCCCGACGUGGGACUCCUGAAACUAGCCUCCCCCGAACUGGAGCGGCUCAUCAUCCAGUCCAGCAACGGGUUAAUCACCACCACGCCGACCCCGACGCAGUUCCUCUGCCCCAAAAAUGUCACCGACGAGCAAGAGGGGUUCGCGGAGGGCUUUGUGAGAGCCCUGGCGGAACUGCACAACCAGAACACCAUGCCCAGCGUGACCUCCGCCGCUCAACCUGUUAACGGCGGCAUGGCACCUGUGUCCUCCAUGGCCGGCAGCAGCAGCUUCAACACGAAUUUGCACAGCGAGCCCCCGGUGUACGCCAACCUCAGCAACUUCAACCCCAACACGCUCAACUCCGCACCCAGCUACAACGCCAACAGCAUGGGCUACGCGCCCCAGCAUCACAUAAACCCCCAGAUGCCGGUGCAGCAUCCUAGGCUUCAGGCUUUGAAAGAAGAGCCUCAGACUGUACCUGAAAUGCCAGGGGAAACUCCUCCCCUGUCUCCUAUUGACAUGGAGUCGCAGGAGAGAAUCAAAGCCGAGAGAAAACGCAUGAGAAACAGAAUCGCGGCAUCCAAAUGCCGGAAAAGGAAGUUGGAAAGGAUUGCCAGGUUGGAAGAAAAAGUGAAAACUUUGAAAGCCCAGAACUCAGAGCUGGCAUCCACUGCCAACAUGCUCAGAGAACAGGUUGCACAGCUUAAGCAGAAGGUCAUGAACCAUGUCAACAGCGGGUGCCAGCUAAUGCUAACACAACAGUUGCAAACGUUUUGAAGAGACUGUCUUAAAAGAGAACUGUGAUGUUGUGGUACAACUACAGAAACCCAAAGUGGCAGAUGCAUAAAGCUAAUGGUAAAAGCUGAAAGGCUGAGUCCUGCCUGUGCUCUGCAAAGCGCAUGUGUGGAAAGACUGGCGAGCCUUUGGCUUGAGUGGCUAGUGGAGCGGCCAGCACCGCUCCGAGAAGUGCUGGUCCUGCUCGGACGAGACGUUCGGAUCUCCGUUUAACAUUGACCAAGACCUGCAUGGACCUAACAUUCGAUGAUCAUUCAGUAUUAAAGGUUAAACUGCAAUAGAAACUGUAGAUUGCUUUAUGUAGUAUUACUUAAGGAAAAAAAAGUGGGAGGGAGGUUUGUGGGAGGCUGAUUAAAAAAAGAACUAUUCUGCCUGCCUUCAAGUAAAUUGUGUAUGUACAUAUCUUUUUUAUUUUAUUUUAUGAAAGUUGAUUAAUGUCAAUAAACUACUUCAUGACUUUGUAAGUUAUUUUUAUGUUGUUUAUUUGGGCACUGCCUAGUAUUGUUUGUAAAUAAGAGCCUUUUUUUUUUUUUUAGCACUCUGAGUUUUCCAUUUGUAAUAAAGUAUAAUUUUUUAAUGUUUCUGUUUCUGGAAAAAAUCUAGAAGGUUCUAUUAUAUUUAAGAAAAAUAAAAUAAUUAAAAUGCA